UAAUAUUUUGAUUUCGUGUCUCUUUUUCAGCGACUUUGCCCUCAUUCCCGUGGCCAAAAUGAGCAUUGUCGAGCCAAAAAGCGACCCCAUCGCCGAUCUCGAAGACAAUGAAAUCAAAGAAAUCCUUCGAACGGGCACCGAUUUGCGCGAAUACGCAUCCCAGAUCGAGAAGGAAUUCAAAGAGGUCGAAAACAAGUCAAUCGAAGAUUACAUCAAGGAGAGCGAGAACAUCGCAAGCCUUCACACGCAAAUUCUGGACUGCGACGACAUCCUCGGAAACAUGGAAGGCAUGCUGACAGAGUUCCAGAACGUGUUGUCGAACAUCAGCACGGAAAUCACGACGUUACAGAAGAAAUCCGUGCAAAUGAGUGUCCAGCUGACGAAUCGACAGGCGAUCCGGAUGACGUUGCAGCAAUUCGUCGAGGAUAUUGCGGUGCCUGAGGAAAUGAUAAAAAUCAUCAUGGAAACGCCCGUCACGGAAAAAGAGUUUUUGACGCAUUUGAACGAACUGAACCACAAAUUGAGUCUCAUUAAGGAACUGAGUUUCAAGGAAUCUAAAGCAGCUGCCGAUGUCAAUGACAUUUUGAUAAAAUUAAAAAUUAAGGCGAUGGCGAAAAUUCGAGCUUAUCUGUUAGAGCAAAUUUACAAGUUUCGCAAGCCGAUGACGAAUUAUCAAGUCCCGCAGAACGCCAUGCUGAAAUACAAAUUUUUCUUCGAGUUUAUUUUGUCGAAUGAGCGUCAAGUUGCCCAAGAAAUCACCUUUGAAUACGUCGAGACGAUGAGUAAAAUUUAUUACAGCUACUUCAAAAGCUAUUCCAAUCGUUUGACGACCCUUCGUUUCGAGGAAGCCGUUUGCAAGGACGAUCUCAUGGGAGUUGAGGAUACCGCCGCACGCGGUUUGUUCUCGAAACAGUCAAACAUGAAGAAUCGCAGUACAAUUUUCACGAUCGGCAGUCGUGGUGACAUUCUAAAUCAACAACUGGAGGCACCAAUUAUCGUCCCACAUGCCCAACAAAAGACUAAAUAUCCGUUCGAGUCACUUUUUCGCUCGGAACAAUAUGCCUUGGUGGAUAACGCAUGUCGCGAAUAUCUAUUUUUGACGGAAUUUUUCAUGGUUCGUGGCAAUCAAGCGCAGGAAUUGUUCAAUCAGAUCAUGGGAAAGACCUUAACUUUGCUCUGUAAGAACUUGGAAACGUAUGUCGUGGACUCCUAUGACACAAUAGCGCUUUUUUUAAGCAUUCAAUUAAUCUUGAGGUAUCAACUUAUGUGUCACAAACGAUGUGUUCCUGCUCUGGACAAGUACUGGGACACCCAACAAGCCGCCAUUUGGCCCCGAUUCGAACACAUUUUCCGCCUGAACAUCCAAAGUAUCCGCGAUUGUGACCCCACAAAGUUCAGUAAAGAACUCGGACCUCAUUACAUCACGCGUCGUUAUGCCGAGUUUUCUGCUGCCAUUGUGGGCAUCUCUGAAAAUUUUCCCAAUGAGCUUGUUAGUCGUCUCCUGCUCGAACUCCAGAACGAAGUCGAAUGUUUCAUGUUACGCAUGGCUGCGAUCUUUCCGCAACGCAAAGAGCAACUCAUCUAUCUCAUCAACAACUACGACAUGGUGCUCGGUGUCCUAAUGGAACGCACCCGAGACAAUUCCAAAGAAGCCGAAACAUUCCGCGAACAGCUCAGUGGUCGCAGUGCCGAAUAUGUCGAGGAAAUUUUACAACCGCACUUUGGUGGCAUGAUGAAUUUCGUCAAGGAGUGCGAACAAAUGAUCGAAAAAGAGCAAAUGGAAGAAUUUCGACGGCAGGAACGUCGAUCAUUGGCACUUGUAACGAGUUUUACGGCGAAUUGGAAAAAGGCACUUGAGGAAAUUAACAAAGAAAUUCUCAUUUCAUUCCCUUCUCUACUAACGGGCAGUACAUUGUUGCAACUGGCAUUGCAUCAGCUCGUGCAGUAUUAUAAUAGAUUCCACAAAUUACUGACACCGAACGCGAAAACGCAACUUGUGAACAUUCACGUCAUCAUGGUCGAAAUCAAAAAGUAUAAAAGUGCUUAUUAAAUAUGAAUUUUAUUUAUUUUAGUUUUUUUUUGUCAAUUUAAACUAAAUUAAUGUACACGAAUAUUCUAAAAAAAAACAAAAAAAUACUCAAUU